GCAAAACUCGUCCCUCAACUAUACACACAGUUGCACUUUUGGUCUUCCGUUAGCAUUCCGUCAGAAAUCUAACAGAUUGGGACUAGUGACGGAGAUAAUCCGUCACAAUUCACAAUCCAGUCACCAAAUUUCUUCAUCUUCCUCAAUAUAACCACCACUCAUCCUCCCCCUCCUCAUUCCUCACUUUCUCCAUCUUCAUCAACCUCAAUCCCUCAUCCUCCCCUCCCUUCUCCUUUCAUUCCUCUUCACCACUACCUCCCUCAACCAUCAACACAAACUCUCCAUACUGAAAUUGAAUUGGAGCGGAUUGCUGGAGAGAAAGGGGUUUUGGGUUUUUCUUCAACACUCUUUGCAGAUCCCAUUUUCUCAUCUCCUCAUGAAAUUAGAAAUCCAUUUCACAACCCAAAAGAAGGAGUUGCAGACCUCUCCCUCCAUAUCUUCAUCUCAUCUUUCUCACUCGCACCUCUCCCUCCACCGAACCCACACCAGCAAACCACAACCCAGAACCACCUCUCCCUCCACCAACCCCACCCCUCCCCAGAAACCCAACCGGAACCCACCCCAAACCCCACCCAGAAACUGAGCCCACAAACCCCUUCUUCCCUCUCACAAUAGAUCUACCAUAACUGAGAAAGGAAAACCAGAGAAGAAAAUCCAAGACUUUUUUUUUUUUCAAAUCUCAAACCAUUGUUACAGAUACAGCUUCAACCUAUCAUAUGGUGUCUGGAGAGGGGGAGCUCGAAGCUUGUAACCCAGAAACCCGACCAAAAACCCAGAAACUUUGAAGCUUUGAACGAGAACCAUGAUCUACAGAAGAGGAGGAGGAAGAGGAAACGGAUUUAAUUUUCUGACGGAAUGCUAACGGAAGACCAAAAGUGCAACUGUGUGUAUAGUUGAGGGACGAGUUUUGCUAAUUUUGAAGUUUAGGGACGAUUUUCGCAGGAAGACCAUAGUUGGGGGACCAAAAGUGCAAUUAAGCCAAAAAAAAAAGAAAACCCCUUAAUCCUAUAAAACAACACAUUUGUGUGACACACUAUUCUACUCACAGUCGUUUCUUUUUCUUCUACUCUGCUCCCAAACCCAAAAUACCAAAUCACCGUCCUCCAUGGCAAAGAAGGAGCAGAAACGCCAUUCUCCUCUCCCUGUCCCAGAUCCGUCUUCCUCCUCCGAUUCAGAGGAACAACAUGCAGCAGCAGCAGCAGCAGCAGCCGAGGAAGAAGAACAAGAACAAGUUCAAGUUCAGGUUUCGUCUGAGGAGGAGGAUGUGGAGGAAGAACAACAACCCCAACCCGAUGCCGACUCCGACUCCGACUCCGACCUGCCCCCAACCGCUCGUAGAUCGGAAGCCAAGCGCGCUGCCGAGAACAAUGCUGACGCCGAACGGGCCACGAACAAGAAGAACAAGGCUGUCGUUGUCGACACCGUCGACGCUGACGCCAAGAAGCGGUUUCUGAGAGUGUGGAGUGUUGAGGAUGAGACGGCCAUUCUGAAGGGCCUUGCUGAGUUCAUUUCGAAAACAGGGAAUGACCCGUUGAAGUACGGUGAUGCAUUUUACGAUUUCAUGAAGGAUUCGCUUCAAGUGAAUUCUAACACCAAGCAUCUCAUGCAGAAGGUUCGGAGGCUCAAGUACAAGUUUCUGAAUCAUGUUGAUGGAACCUAUUUCCACAAAGACCACUUUGAUUUAUGCAAGAUUAUAUGGGGGAGUCCUGAAGCCAAACCCAAAGUCAAAGCUAAAUCCACAUCCAAAUCCAAAUCCACUAACACUGCAGCAGCAGAAGAAAAGCCAAACUCCGAGCAAGGGGUGGACAGUGAUGUACUUUUGAGGAGUUUAAUGAUUGGUUAUGAGAAUAUGGGUGUGAAACUGAAUGAAGAUGUGGUGAAGAAGGGAUUGGAGUUGAUUGGAGCAUCUAAGAGGGCUGAGUUGGCGGGAAGGUGGAAGAAGAUAGAGGUUGCGGAGCUGGAGCUGUUUGCUAAGCGUGCUCAACUGAUUGAGGAGCAGACUAGGUUGAUUUUGGAGGCGAACAAAUCAUCAAACAAUUAGGAUUGUGUGUGGUAUAGCAAUAGCUUCUUAUAUCCUCUGUAAUUUAUUUUGUAGCUAUUGGAUAGUCGAGCUGUUUAACUUUUAGCAGUAUGCAAAAUAGUCUGGUUUAAAUUUUAACUUGAUUGAGGAGCAGACUAGGAUCAUUUUGUUGGCCUUUGUGUGUGGUAGUGGACUAGUGGUAUAACUUUUUGGAUGCUUGUAGUUUAUUUUGCAACUAUCAUUGUUGAUUAAUUGAUAUCAUAUAGUUGUUGACCAUUGAAAAUGAAAACUACUCUUGUCA